AUGGAGUCUAAGCAAAUUAGAUUCUCUGUGAUUGCUAGAUCGAUGGGUUUUAAUGGAUUGUUUCGACCUCUUGAUCAAGAAAAGCUGAGAGUUAUUGAGAAACAGAACAAACCAAAACCCGAUUCUGGUUUCAGUUUCACAGUGAGUCCAACGAAGGAACUUUGUCGUGUUUAUCUCCAGAAACCUGAUUUGUUGGCCUCCAAGGGUAUAAUCGAUGCACAAUCUACGUCUCCUCAUGAUCGGGGAAAGAGUUCGAAAUCGGUUGGAUUGAAGAUGUAUAGGGAGAUGGCAAACCAAAGGAAAUUUGGUAGGAGAUAUGAUCAGGAAAAGUCGAAGUCGAAGCUGAUACAUUAUACAAGUGUUGAUCCGUUGAAACCAAAAAUUGGGAAGAAAGAGAAUUCUCUGAGGUGUUUUUCGCCUCUUGGUUUUGGUCGUAAUUCUCAUUUGAGAGAUCGGAAGAACGGGCAAUUCAUUUCCCUUGAGAAGAAACCAAAGGAAAUGAACAAAGUUUGCGAUGGUACUACAUUCGGUCAGAAGAAAGAUAGAGUUGUGAGGGAAGUUGGUUCCAAAUUGAUGGUUAGUACAUCUAGGGACUUGGUGUUGAGUUUGGAGCGAGUUUGCAACGACAGAGUUGCAGCAGAAUCGAAGUUCAGGCUUAUAUCUUCUUCAGAUUUCAUUAGCAAGGGUGAAAAUGAUGAUUCAUUAGAUUCUUCCAAUGCAUCUCCUGUAUGUCAGACGAACACGGAAGAGACUCAUCAACCUAGCCCUGUUUCUGUUCUGGAGCCAGUGUUUUACGAAGAUAUGUUAGACGACAGUGAAGAACUUCCUCAUCUCGACUUUCAUGGUCUAGAGAAACAGCUUGAAACCCUKAAAUCUGAUACAGAGAGUUAUUAUUCAUAUGGGAGUGGUAUGGAAGUAUCUAGCGAUGAGGAGUCUGUGCUUGAUUCCGAAACCAAAGAAAGCAAGGAAAGUGAACCAAUUGGGCUCUUGGAUACCCAACAAAGUAAGGAUUCUUCUUACAUUGAUGAUAUUUUGGCUGAAGUUGUACUUGGGGACAAGAACUGGGUUCCUGACAAACGCGAAUCGCUGGGUUUAGGCAUCACCCUCAAGAUCUUCGAGAAACUGGAGAAGAAGUAUUACACAGAGACAUCUUGGAAGAGGUCUGAAAGAAGGAUUUUGUUUGACAGAGUCAAUUCAGGUCUGGUAGAGAUUCUAGAAUCCUUUACAACUAUACCAACUUGGAAGAAACCCGUUUCUAGGAGGCUUGGCACCGUGCUAAGCAUAUGUGGACUGAAACAAGAACUCUGGAAAGUACUUGCUAGGCAAGAGAAGCGAGCCAAGAAAGAAUCAUUGGCCAAAGUGCCAGUCAUAGACAUUGAUGAGUGGUUAGAACUUGAAGCUGAUGAUGAGUCGGUGGUUUGUGAAUUAGAAAGUAUGAUAAUGGAUGAGUUGUUGGGUGAGGUUGUCAGCUUCAUAUAG